AUGGGGAGAACUCCGUGUUGCGAAGCCGAUGCUAAUGUGAAGAAAGGGCCAUGGACGACCGAGGAAGACAAGAAAUUGAUGGAUUAUAUAGAGGAGAGUGGGGCGGGGAGUUGGAGGCAUCUGCCGAAGAGAGCUGGGCUUAAUCGAUGCGGAAAGAGCUGCAGGCUUCGGUGGACUAAUUAUCUUCGGCCUGACAUCAGGAGAGGGAGGUUCUCUGAGGAGGAGGAGAGGCUCAUCAUCCACCUUCAUUCGCUUCUCGGAAACAAGUGGUCAGCGAUUGCUAACCAAUUACCAGGAAGAACCGAUAAUGAGAUCAAGAACUACUGGAACACGCACAUCAGGAAGAAGCUCCUCAUGAUGGGGAUCGAUCCAGUGACUCACAGACCUAGAACAGAUCUCAACCUUCUUGCAAACCUCCCGAAUCUCAUCGCAGCUGCAGCAAACCUCCAAACCAAUUACACAGCAAACCCGUUGAUGAACGCUCUUCAACUCCCAAAACUGCAACUCCUCCAAACCCUUAUUCAAGCUGUAACCAAUCCCCCUCCUCCAAACUUGGGCAGUACGGGUCUACCGCGUAAUCUGAAUCAAACGUCUUCGGGAGUCUCAAAUUUGGGCAUGCAACAAAUGCCUAAUGUCAAUCUUCAAGCACUGUUGGGAUCAGAUGUUAACACUAUCAAUAGACAUGAGUUUGUUGCACCGCUGAGAUAUGAUUCUUGCAAUUCUAGUGACUUCGGUCCUACUACUACUUCUAAUACUGCUACUACUUCCUUUAUGAGCACUCCAACCGCAAACUCUGCGCCUUCCUUGGUUUCUGCUUCACCAGAGAAUUACACAGUUGAUCAGGCGCCGGAGCUGGUUAACUGCGGUGAUGUCUCAAGCAGCUCACCCAUCUCAAAACCAUUUGAGCAGUGGAGUGGACUAACCUUGGAUGAUCUGGACAGCGAUCUUGGCUGGAAAGACAUUUUAGACCAGCUUUCUUGGUCCAAUCCAUUAGAGCAGGAAAUGGACAUACUGAAGAAUUGA